GUCACUUUUCGCACAAGAAUUUAUCACUGUAAUAUAAACAGUCAAGGAGUUAUUUGUCUAGAUAUUCUAAAGGAUAAUUGGAGUCCUGCUUUAACUAUUUCCAAAGUUCUUCUUUCAAUCUGUUCACUACUUACAGAUUGUAACCCAGCUGAUCCUUUGGUAGGAAGCAUUGCAACGCAGUAUCUUCAACAUAGAGAGGAACAUGAUCGUAUUGCCAGACUUUGGACAAAACGUUAUGCAACAUAAGUUACUGAAAAUAAAGAGCUUUUGGAUAUAGGCUUUGUCACAUGCAUAGAACAUUAAAAUUCAUUGAAAUUUGUGUAUAUGUUGGUCAUGAGUGAGUGUUUUGUUUCUAAAAUAGAAGGAUUUUUGUGUUUAUUUUUUCUCCUUGCAUGUGCAUUUUUUAAAAAUAAAUGUAUUGUGUGCCAUGCUAAGAAAUCAUUAAAGUUUGAACAUUUGCUGAUUAAAAAAGUCCUGCAUGAUUUGUGUUCAAAUUUUUACUCACUAAAUCAGUUCUUGAAGAAGUAGUUGUAAAAGGAUUAUGCAUAGUAAAAUUAUUAAUAUUUAAAUUAAUGCUUGCAAUGCCUAUAUUUGAAAACAUGUUUAUGUGCUACACUUUGUAAAUUGUGUAAGUGUUAACUUUUAGUUAUAAAUGUUUGACUUUUAGUUCUGCGGUUAAAUUCUUUGUCUUUAUUAGCAUGUGUUAUCUCUGUACAAGUCAUUAAUGUUUUUCUGAGAAAAUUUUGUUCAUUAUAAUAAUUUUGUUAAAACUAUGAUGAAAUAUAUUAAUUGAUGAUCAUUUUAUUUAUUAUCAGACAUUUGUUUCUAUAAGCAAAUUGUUAAAUACUUAAUUAUGUGUUAGAAUUUUUUUUACCAUAUUCUGUAUAUUUCAUAGAAAAAAGAAGAAAAAAUAUAUUGUUUCCACCUAUUUGACAGACCUUUAAGUGACAAAUAAAAAAUUCUUUAAAUUAA